CACUUCACUCUCUGGGGUAGAGGGUAGUCACUUGUGUAGCUAUUUAAAGAAGCUAAGUCAUCUGACUUUCCACACAACUCUCCAGCACGUAAGUAAGUCCUGGGAGCAACACAUGCCUCAGGUGUGAUCUGUAUUGGGGAUUGUUACUCUGGCUCGUAAGGAACAGCUGAAGACAAGAUUGCCGCUAGACUUUGAUCAUGUCGAAGCAGAUCAUCUCAUCGUCAGUGUUCUUCUUGCCGUUGGUCCUGGUUGCAAUCCUCCCUGCUUCGCACGGACAAAGUUGUGAGACGGCCCUCGACUCUCCCUUGGCAGGACAUCUGGACCUCAUCAUCUCCUAUAUGAAACUCAGGGGUUUUAACCAAUGCUGCCAAAAAGAAUGCAAUAACGAAUCUUGCAGUACGCUGCUACGAAUGGAAACGGCGUCGCUGAAACUGUGUAGUAAUCCCUGCACCGGAUGCAUUUCCUGCGGAGACAUCGCGACCUGUCUGUCGAAGAUGCGUGCCAGCUGCUGUGCCAGAGGACGAGUUCAGGGGACCAUGUCUUGUGGCAAGUUCACUCUCGGUGUUAGCCCUUAACUAGCAUCUAGACUCGUUGAGCUGCAAUAUAUAUAUGCAUGCUUGUAGAACUCAUGUUUGUUAGAGUCAUGUAGAAUAAGGGAACGUCUAUUUCGCUGUAAGACGAUGUAUAUAUCCAGAAUAAGAUGUGACGACUUACUUCCCUCU